UCACACUGCCCACCAGUGGGUGGCUAUAAACAAUUAAUUAAAAUAUCAAAAAACGUAUACAAAUUUAAACGCAAUGAGCUACAUCCAAUUUGAAAGUGGCAGCGACAAGGAGAAGGCUCGCCAGCAGAUACGGGAGGCCCGUGCCGAGAUGCUGGAACAGGCCAAGGAGCGAGCCGGUCUUAUCAAGAAGCAGCAGCUUCAAAGGGAAUUGCGGGGCGAAAGCGAUUGGAUGCUGCCAGCCGUGGCCAAGAAACUGGAGAAGCCCCCAAGUGCCUUAUCGAAAAAGGCCAAGAAGACGAAGAAAGGAAAGCAAAAAUCAAAGUCCAAGUCCUCGAAAGUAAAGAAAUCUUCGAAGAAAAAGAGCAGGAAGGCCCAGAGCAGCAGUGACAGCGAUAGUGACAGUGACAGCGACUGCUCGAGCUCUAGUUCCUCCUCCUCCUCGUCCUCAUCCAGCGAAGAUGAGAAGCAGCGCAGGAAUCGCAGGAAGAAGCAAAAGUCCAAAAGGAGCCACAAAAAAGGUAGCCACAGCGAAGAUGAGUGGGUGGAACGCGCUCCCGUUGUGGCUAAGGCCGAAGACAAGGGUAAGGUUGAGGAUACACCAGUGGUGCGCGACACUUGGAUGACCAGUGACGACCUUCUGCUGAAAACCUUCUCCAGAGUACGCAAGGAGCCAACCAAGCCAAACGACAAGCUACAACAGAUCGAUGCCUACGAUCCGGCCAAGAGCGGACGCGAGCUCAAUCCCUACUGGAAGAGCAAUGGCACAGGCCUGCCCGGCUUCCAGAAGCCACAGGACGAUGAUGAACACGAGACAGAGUCACAUUCUUACAGCUCCGCACAGAGCUCCUCGGCACGAGGCUGGCAGAAGCCUUCAUCCAAGACGCAUUGCCACAGUCCCUCCGCGCCGAGAAGACGCAAAUCUACGUCAGAAAGUGCCUCAUCUGAUGAAGAGCCCGCGGACAAGGCUGCCCAGCCUGCCCUGGCCGCCUGCCUAACGGAUGAGCAAAUCAAUGAGUUGGCUGGUAAAGCCAUCAAAGCAGAGAUCAUGGGCAAUACGGAGCGUGCAGCUGAACUCAACCAGCAGUUGGCAGAAGAACGAAAAAAACGCGUCGAUUUCCUGGCCAGCGGCAACAAACCUCCCAAGACAGCCACCCAGCCAAAGAAAUCCAAGGCAUCAUCAACCUCAUCCUCGGAGCAUGUGCUGCUCACCAAAACCGAUCAAUGCGGCAAUGUGCGCCCCCUGGUGCAGGCCGCGACUGGCACGACAGAUCCCAACGCGCUCUAUGGCGGCCGCCGGGGUCAGAAACGCAGCAACAAGAAGGUCGACACCCAUGUGGAUGGCCAACGGGUGAGAUACUUUGCCGACGACGAUCGCUACGACAUCAAGCAGAUGUUUGAGCGCGAGAAGCAUGCAACGGCCGCCGAAUCGAACCUGCAGUACGCCGACAUUGUGUCCAAGCACAAGAACCCCAACGAUGACCUGGAGGACAUAUUUGCGGACAAAGUGCGCAAGAAUAUCUCGGAGGCCGAUGCCGAAAAACGGGAGCUGCAAAGUGCCAUACGGGAGGCGAAUCGGCUGGAGACGAGCCUGACAAAUUGUGAACGCUGCUUUGACUCGCCAAAGCUGGAAAAGCAGCUGAUGGUGUCGAUGGGGAAGAUAAUCUACCUGAGCCUGCCCUGGCAUGUGGGUCUGCAGAAUGGCCACUGCAUUCUGACUACCCUGCAGCACGUCUCCUGCUCGACGCAGCUCGACGAGGAUGGUUGGGAGGAGCUGAACGAGUUCCGAAAGGCCCUUACCCGUAUGUUUGCCGCCCAGCGCAAGGAUGUGAUAUUCUAUGAGAUUGCCAACAAGCUGCACAGGCGACCGCAUAUCAGUGUGCAUUGCAUACCCAUACCCGACAGCCAGGGUGAGAUGGCGCCCUUCUACUUCAAGAAGGCCAUCGAGGAGUCCGAGCAGGAGUGGUGCAUCAACAAGCAGCUGGUGUCGCUGCGUCACAAAUCGCUGAGAGCAGUCAUACCCAAGGGCCUGCCAUACGUCUGGGUGCACUUUGGCAUGGACUCGGGCUUCGCCCACGUCAUCGAGGAUGAGGAUCGUUUCCCAGCGAAUUUUGCCCAGGAAAUUAUUGGCGGAAUGCUUGAACUGAAUCCAAGCACUUGGCGCAAGCCGCGAAAGGAGCAGCAGUCCAUUGUAAAAGUGAAGUCGUUUGCAGAAGGCUGGAAAAAAUUCGAUUGUACCGAGGAAGCUUAAGCCGGCAGACAAACAUUUAACGUCCGUUUACUCAUUACAUACAUAUGUUGACA